UCUUUAACACAGGAAAUCUAGAGAGCUACUGGAGCACCAUAACCAGCUAGGGACCAUUGAGGGUUGGAGCAUCAUGACUAAAGCCAUUUUCUUCAUCAUGGCUGCAUUUGUGAUCGCGGUGAUCAGUGCAAAGACUAUUCGAGAUGAAAAUGCGUGUGAUACAGAUGAGUUUAUGUGCCUGAGUGACGGUGAGAUCACGUGCCUCCCUGAUUCAUGGAAGUGUGACGGAGAUGCCGACUGUGACGGAGAUACCGAUGAACAGGGUUGUCCUCCAACAACUUGCGCUGAAGAUGAAUUCCCGUGUGACUCUUCAUGCAUUCCACAACUCUUUGUGUGUGAUGGUGACGUAGAUUGUGACGACAAUAAAGACGAGGCAUCUUGUCCUUUAAAAAAUCCACUCACAAAUCACGUCUAGGACCAAAACAAGAUGUGACAAUACCACGUGCCAUAGACUUAAGUGAUGACUAUACCACGUGCCAUAGACUUUAGUGUGAUUCUACACCAUGUGCCAUAGGCUUUAGAAUGAUGACUCCGCCCUUGUGUUCCCGUGUUCCAACUUUUUUUUCUUAUUUUUUUUUUUUUUACAUCUUUCUCUUUAUCUCAAUUUUUUUUCAGUAAAAUUACUUGUUUUUAUUUUAUGAUUUUUUUUUUCUUAAAUGAGAUAUUUUAUUUUGAUUUUAUUAAAAAUAAAAUUUUACAAACAUGA